GAGUGUGUGUGUGUGUGUGUAUGUAUUCAUGCAUGUGUGUGUGACUGUGAGAGAAAUAGCGAAUGUUUGUGUGAUUGUGAGAGAAACCACGAGUGUGUGAGAGAGUGCUGUGUGUAAGAGGUGUGUGUGCGUGUGUGUGUAGGUGGCUAAAGCCAUGGCCUCCACGAAGGCUAAGAACCAGAGCUCUCUGAGCCUCCACAAGGUGAUCAUGGUGGGCAGUGGAGGGGUCGGCAAGUCCGCUCUCACCCUGCAGUUCAUGUACGAUGAGUUUGUGGAGGACUAUGAGCCCACUAAGGCGGACAGCUACCGUAAGAAGGUGGUUCUGGACGGGGAGGACGUGCAGAUCGACAUCCUGGAUACGGCUGGGCAGGAGGACUACGCAGCCAUCAGGGACAACUACUUCCGCAGCGGAGAGGGAUUCCUACUAGUGUUCUCCAUCACAGAGUUGGAGUCGUUUUCUGCAACUUCUGAUUUUAGGGAGCAGAUCCUGCGUGUCAAGACGGAUGGAGAGAGCAUCCCUCUGCUGCUGGUGGGCAACAAGUCGGACCUGGAGGACCGCAGGCAGGUGUCAGCUGACGAGGCCCGGGCCAAGGCCGAGCAGUGGGGCAUGCAGUACGUGGAGACCUCCGCCAAGACACGCGCAUACGUCGACAAGGUGUUCUUCGAUCUGAUGCGGGAAGUGAGGGCCAAGAAGAUGUCCGAGACCAAGGAGAAAAAUGCCAAGGGAGGCAAGAGCAAGAAGAGCCUGAAGGAGCGAUGCCUUCUCCUUUGAUCCACAGACAAAACAAGACAGAGGUGUCAAUCCCGGCUUCAGAAAGUUUGAAGGUGCACAGUGUAGCAUCGUGGCCAGAGUAGUCAUUGACAUUGUGCUGCACAUGUCACUGACAUCGUGCUGCCUGUUGCCAAAUUUGAUAAUUUCAUGAAUAUUUACCAAGUAAUAAGGCAAAAUGUACUAAUAUGACCAAACUACAGGAAGUACAAAAAAUGUAUAUUUAUGGAAAUUCAAAAUGGCAGACAUGGAGAAUAUCCCCCUUUUCAUGUAUGAAAAGUGCAAUUAUCCCAGUCAUAAUGAAUACUUAGAAUUUGAUGGUGGUGGUAAGUAUUUGUGAAAAGUGUAACAUUUGUGAAUGGGCAGCAUGAUUUAACACCCCCCAAAUUUGUCCUUCCAGCUAUCUUGGUCCAUCAGCUGAUCGUAAUUCGUACACAAGACAGACAGACAGACGAAAAUCAGUUUUUUUUGUUUUUUUUAAACUUCUGAACCGGCUUUUGACAUCUCUGCCAAGCAGCAGGAGAAAGGGAAAACGUUCUUUUCUUUCUAUGGAUGGAAUGAGAGACAAAACACUGAACGGUGGUGGCCUUGCCGGCCAGCCAUUCUACUUCCUCUUAACCUUUCCUUGUGGCCUCAUGAUGUGAGUACAGUAGAUGUUAUCGCUAGGUAACGUUUCUAUUCAAUAUCUUGCAAAAAACAUGAAACCAAAGGUAUAGUCUCAUUUACCAUCAGGAUAUUUAGGGGGGUGGGGGGGGUUAACUGUUCUGUGCUACUUGAUUGUGGGGAAGCCUGAGGCUUUUAUUGAUUUCUCCACGGAGGGGGAGUGACACCGCGACAAGACGCAAAAGGACUGAGGCUGAAGGAAAGGAAGGGAGGAACUAGAUUGACUUACAGCCCUGUUUUGAUUUUUUGUUUAUUGUGCACACAAGACAGAAAUGAAAUGCCUGUACUUUACACUCUUGUGUUUGUAACGUCUCAUCAUGAAAAGGGAAUGCGGGAAAAUUCACGAGGAACACUUAACAUUAUGUGGAGCUCCUGAACAAAAAAUGCGACAUAUUGUGUGUGUGUGUGUGUGUGUGUGUGUGUGUGUGUGUGUGUGUGUGUGUGUGUGUGUGUGUGUGUGUGUGUGUGUGUGUGUGUGUGUGUGUGUGUGUGUGUGUGUGUGUGUGUGUGUGUGUGUGUGUGUGUGUGUGUGUGUGUGUGUGUGUUCCACACUUUGCCAUGGACCCUUGGGCAUCUCUAAAUCGCACGGCUUAUGAAUUUUUGCAAACACACACACACAUCCAAUUUUUCAUCUGCAUUUUUCUACUGUAUGCAUGUUUCCGAAUGCUGGAUAAGCAUUCUCCCUUCCUCGUAAGCCUGUGCGCUAUUCCACUAAUGCUCUAAUGUCACGCUUCAUUGUUGAUAAGCUCAUUGUCUUCACCAUCAAAACUAUGAUUCAAUAAACAUUUUUUUCUUCUUUGUA